AUGAACGACGCAAACCUUGUGGAGGGCAAGUCAGUGGAGGAGAUAGAAAGUCUAUAUCUUGCACUGAAAAAGGUUUGGGUGUUUAAUGAAACAGAUGCUACAAACACAGAAAUACUGCGAUCCAGGAUUGAUGAACAGUCAACUCUGAUAAGUAUACUCAAACAGAGAUCUGACGAGCUCCUUGUCCGAUGUCAAGCUCUGCAGAAAAUCAAUUCAGAGUUAGAGGACCAAAUCACAGACUGUCACGAAGAACUGGAGAAGGAGAGAAAAAAAUAUGAGACUUUGGAAAAGAGAUUUAUGGAUUUGGCUUCCAACAAUCAAGCCAUAAUUGUUUUUAAAGAUGAAUACAAAAGUCAGAAUGUACAGUUAAGACAGAAAAACCAACAGCUUCAGUCUGAAAAUGAAUCACUCUUUUCCAAAAAACUGCAAGAUAAAGAGGCAGCUGUACAAAAUCUGACAGAAGAAAUCAAUCAGCUAAAGGAUAAAUGUGCACAGAAAGAACAUGAUUACAGUGAGAGAAUUGAUGGAUUCAAGGCCAAAUUUCUCAAGCAAACCAAUGAUUAUGAGGCAAGAGAAGCAUCACUUAUUGAGAAGCUGCAAUCUUUGGAAGAGAUACAGAGAAACACUGUUGCCCUGUGUGAUGAUUUGAAGGAGCAGCUCAAAAAAACUGAAGAGGAGUGCACUUCAAAGGAGACCAACAUGACGGAGACUAUAGCAGCACUUCACAAGGAGAAGGACAAAUUUCUGCAAGUUUCAGUGGAAAGGGGGAAGCUAAUACAGGAGAAACAAGAAGAGCUUAAACAAAUGGAAAUAAAAGUGAGGGAAGAGAAACAACGCAGAACUAAAGCAGAAGAGAGGUUUAAACAAGAGUCACAAUUGGUCAACACCAAUGCUAGAGUAAAGUCUCUUCAGAGUGUUCUUGAUGAAAGUGCAACAAAAUACGAGAAGCUGAAAAAGGACUUUGAAGCUUUUAAAGAACACAGCACAAACCUCCUCAUUUAUGAACGGGAAUUAAACAAGAAACUUAGCCUCAUGACAGGCUAA